AUGUCUGACGCUCCUACCGUUGGCUUUUCCGAGGCUUGCCCCGUCUACGCGCCCUUCUUCGGCGCCAUGGGUUGCACAGCCGCCAUCGUCUUCACCUGCUUAGGUGCCUCGUACGGUACCGCCAAGUCCGGUGUUGGUAUCGCCGCCAUGGGUGUCCUGCGACCUGACCUCAUCGUCAAGAACAUUGUCCCCGUCAUUAUGGCUGGUAUCAUCGGUAUCUACGGCCUCGUCGUUUCCGUCCUCAUCUCCGACGGCCUGCAGCAGCAGCUCUCCCUCUUCGCUGGUUUCAUCCAGCUCGGUGCCGGUCUCUCUGUCGGUCUGGCCGGUCUGGCCGCUGGUUUCGCCAUUGGUAUUGUCGGUGACGCCGGUGUCCGUGGAACCGCUCAGCAACCUCGUCUCUUCGUUGGCAUGAUCCUGAUUCUCAUUUUCGCCGAAGUCUUGGGUCUGUACGGUCUCAUCGUCGCCCUUCUGAUGAACUCGAAGGCGUCGCAGGGCGUCACCUGCUAA